AUGUCCAAUUUACUCGCCAUUCCUUUCAAGAAAUCAUACGCUCUUGAUCUCAAGGAGCCUGCGCGUCGUUAUCUACAGGAUCAUACCUCAGCCCACCCGGAUUCCUUCAAAGUCGACAUCGAUCGUUGGCAAGAGCUUCGAAGAGAUGGUGUCGGAGGAACAGUGCACAAGGAUGGCACGGAAAAGAUGAACAACUAUCAUGCUCAGCUCUUGUCGAUACUGGCCAAAUUACCCUCCGAUAUUGGAUUGGAUAUAUCCUACGCUCCCGUUUUCUCCCCGAACGCAAUCCCGGUCACUCUACGCAGCCUCGCCUUUGAACGCGCUGCUGUACUGUUCAACCUAGCUGCUCUGUAUUCACAACUUGCCGGCGAUGAGGAUCGCUCGCACAUGGAAGGAAUUAAGCUUGCCAUCUCUUGCUACCAAAAUGCAGCAGGAACGCUAUCCUACUUGAGAUCAUCAGCCCUCAAAGAACUCAGCGUUUCCCCGCAAGACGAAGAGAUGAUCCCCUUAGAUCUCGACAAAUCAUGCAUUCACAGCUUGGAAUGGCUCAUGCGUGCCCAAGCGCAGGAAUGUUUCUGGCAAAAGGCCAAAAUCGAUGGAUUCAAGAAUGCUUUGAUUGCUAAGCUGGCGGCUAAUACCUCUGCCCUUUAUAAACUAUCCAUCUCCGCUAUUCGAGAUGCCUCUCCUCUAGUAAAAUCUGUAUUUCCUACGGACUGGUUGGCCCACAUCGAAGCCAAACAACAUCAUUUCGAGGCAGUUGCACAAUUCAGGAAGAGCGUGGAAGAGCUGGAGAAUAGUAGUUACGGCGUCGAAAUAUCUCGUCUACAAGAAGCUCAAAAUGAGGCAAAGAGGGCCUCCGAUAUAGCUCGGCGCAGGAGAGUUUCGCAGGCUGUGGUGCAGGAUAUACAGUCCCUUGUUGAUGCUGUGAAAACCGCCCUCGCACGCGCUGAGCGCGACAACGAUCUCAUAUAUCACCAAGAUAUACCAGCAGCGUCUGCGCUUUCUCCUAUACCCCACGCAGAAAUUGCGCUGGUAACUAUACCCAAAGGGCUGUCAAAUCCAGCGAAAGGAACCCAUAUGAUCUUCGGAGAACUGCUCGGUUGGGGCGCUCAGGAGGCCAUCAACAUUUACAAUGACAGGAAAAAGAAUCUCGUGGAGGACCAAAUUGUGGUACCUGCACGAGAGCUGAAAAACAAAGCGGACGAGAUGUUGACAUCCCACAAUUUGCCUGCUUCCAUAGAGGCGCUUGAACGUCCUGUUGGACUGCCUCCAAGUCUCUUAAAGAAAGCCGAAGAGGUCCGCCUCGAAAAUGGCCCGAUGAAGAUUGAAUCGUGGUUUGAAGACUUGCAGAGACAAGCUCGACAUGACUUUAACAUCCUGGAGGAGGCCAUGGAUAUCCUAGACACGGAAGCUUCCGAAGACGAAGUUGCUCGUAAAGAGCUCCCUCUGAAUCGGCCACCUUCACAUGAAGCCAAUAUUGAGCUCAUAGAGAAGGAGAAGCGGUAUCGUGCUAUACUUGAUCAGGCCAAGGCUAGCGACGAUACUGUCAGGCGCAAAUGGGAUGACUGGGAAAGCAACAUCACAGAUUUGACGUUUAAGGAGUCGGAGCUAGAAGCUAUGGUACCUUCUUCCACAGCGUCUAGUAGGAAAACCCCAGAGGCAGCCAUCACUUCAAGAUACGCUCGACAUCUUCGAGUAUUGCUUGAGUCGCUCGAUACGCUCCAUGCCGACCGAGAACAGUACGUUCGACGCGCUGAAGCCCUCUCUGAAGCCGACGACAUAUAUCCGAGGAUACUGAAAGUCGCUUCUGGAAUCGAACGUCUGACCAAGGUUGAACCGGCGACGUUUGAGGAUGUCCUGGACGAAGAGCUGGCAAAGUAUGAUAAAUUCUGCGAAUACAUCAAGGAAAGCGAGCAAAAACAAGAGGAUAUUCUUUCAUCUAUAGAGGCGGACAACGAGAAAUUCCUAAAAUCCCGUAAGGACGAUCCAUCAGUGAAGGAGCGUGAACAUGCCCUUCAGUCUUUGGAUCUGUCAUAUCACAAAUAUCGGGAGAUCACAAACAACUUGCAGGAGGGUAUCAAAUUCUACAACGACUUGUCUGGGUUGCUUCUUCAGUUUAAGGACUCGUGCAAGAUUUGGUGUAAUCAUCGACAGCAAGAGAUUCAUGCUCUUUCACAAUCAUUGGGAUCUAUGUCUCUCCAAGAAAAUGACGACGCCCAAGACUUUUCGGAAGAGGAUAUCAAAGACCAGCCAGAAGUGAAAGUGUUCAAAAAGUUCUCCUCAGGACUACCACCUCUGAAUUCUAGCGAGUGGGGUUUCGAAGAAAUAAAGCUGCCUCCGGGGCCAAGCAAGAAGUCGUCGAGGAUGAAGGUUUAG